GACGCUCCCAGUGUUUGGUUUCCGCGCCGCGCCGAUAUGGAAACGAUAAGGAGCAACUGUAAAGCAGACGAACAGCGGACAGAUGAUGGAAUGGAGGCGGACAUGUCCACGUCAAGGUCAGACAGUGGCAGUGGAGAUGAUUCCCUGGAUGGCCUCUCAAAAUGUGUCCCCCGCUGCCCUUUGACCCCUUCAUUAACGCCACGGAAACGGACCACAAGCCAGUCUAAGACGGAGCCUCCGCUGCUGAGGACCAACAAACGGACCAUCUACACUGCUGGCAGACCGCCUUGGUACAACGUCACUGGCACCACUUUCAAAGAGGCCUUCGUUAUCGGUCUGUGUGGAGGAAGUGCUUCAGGUAAAACCACAGUAGCCAAUAAGAUCAUUGAAGCGCUUGAUGUCCCCUGGGUGGUUCUCCUCUCCAUGGACUCCUUCUACAAGGUGCUGAAUAAAGAAGAGCAGGAGCUGGCAGCCAAAAAUGAAUACAACUUCGACCACCCUGAUGCCUUCGACUUUGAGCUCCUGAUCACCGUCCUCCGAAAGCUGAAGAAAGGAAAAAGCGUCAAAGUGCCGGUGUAUGACUUCACGUCUCACUGCAGACGCAAAGAAUGGAAAACAGUAUACGGGGCCAACGUUGUCAUCUUUGAGGGCAUCCUGGCCUUCGCCAACAAGGAGCUGCUGAAGCUUCUGGACAUGAAAGUGUUUGUGGAUACAGAUUCAGAUAUCCGCCUGAUACGGAGGCUGAAGAGAGACAUCUCACAGCGUGGACGGGACAUCAGCGGCAUCAUCAAACAAUACAAUAAGUUUGUAAAGCCAGCGUUCGAGCAGUACAUCGAGCCCACAGUGCAGGUCGCUGACAUCGUGGUGCCCAGAGGUGGAGAGAACUUUGUAGCGUUGGAUUUGAUCGUUCAGCAUGUUCACAGUCAGCUGGAGAAGAGGAAGCUCCGCUGGGAUAUAUCAGCUCUGGCCUCUGCUCAUCAGGGUCAGCCAUUACCCAAAACCCUGAGUGUUAUGGAGAGCACGCCACAGGUCCGCGGCAUGCACACCAUCAUCAGGAACAAGGAGACUAACCGAGAUGAGUUUAUUUUCUACUCCAAGAGAUUAAUGAGGCUCCUGAUAGAACAUGCCCUCUCCUUCUUGCCCCUCAAGUCGGUAUGUGUGGAGACGCCUCAGGGUGGCAUCUAUGAGGGCAAGAGGCUGAGCGGUAAACGGAUCACUGGAGUUUCUAUCCUGAGGGCAGGGGAGACCAUGGAGCAGGCUCUGAUGGCUGUGUGCAAAGACAUCCGGCUGGGAAAGAUCCUCAUCCAGACCAACCAGGAUACUGGAGAACCCGAGCUUCACUACCUUCGUCUGCCCAAAGACAUCAGUGAAGACUAUGUCAUCCUGAUGGACAGCACCGUGUCCACCGGGGCGGCUGCUCUCAUGGCUGUCAGAGUGCUGCUGGACCAUGAUGUAGCAGAAGAUAAGAUCUUCCUGUUGUCCCUGCUAAUGGCAGAGAUGGGUGUGCACUCUGUGGCCUAUGCCUUCCCUAAAGUCCGCAUCAUCACCACGGCUGUGGACAAGGAGGUCAACGACCAGUUCCACAUCAUCCCAGGCAUCGGUAAUUUUGGAGAUCGGUACUUUGGCACCGACGCUCCCCCGGACUGGUGUGAAAGUGAUGAAGGGAUGGACUUCUGAAGAGAGGACCAGUCAGGGAGGGGAAGGGUUGCAACAGAAGCAUUUAGUCUUGAAACCAGUUUUUUUUUUUUGUUUUGUUUUGUUUUUUUAAAGCUCAUCCUCCAUCUCUUGCUGCUCUGUGCUCAUCUCCAUCAACAUCUGUCACACAUUUUGGCUGUUUAGACUGCCGCUGAAGACUUCAAGGUUGUCUGAGUAGUCCGUAGUGUAGUGUAAUUUGUUUAUUUUUCUCAACUUAAAACCUUUCGUAAGGAUUAUUCGUGUGUUGCAGCCUUGCUGUGCUGCUGACGCGGCAGCUGUCUGUACUGUACGACGAUGUUUGCUCAGGCUACUCACUGAAAGGGACAACGGUGCUCCGUACUUGAACAAGAGGAAUGACUAGUGAUUACAGGCAACAGACAUUUUAGAUUAUAUUUCUUUUUCUCUGUUACUGUUUUCUUUUGUUGUUUUACUCCAGUAUGUUGCCACAGAAAUAACUCUCUGCCCCUAUUUUAAUGAGCUAAAGCCCUUAAAUGGUAGCACUGUACUUUUAGUGCUACCCCCAAGUUUAACAUUUAUAUGCACCAUAUAAAUAUUUAAAAAGUGGGUUAUAACCCACUAUAAUGUAUAAGUAGAUGUUAUUGUUUAUGGUCUAUACACCUGUAUAGUGCUUUUCUAUGCAUUGCAGCGCACUCAAAGUGCUUUCACACUAUUUGGCCAUUCACACCGGUAACAUC